AUGGCAAAGAACAUCGACUCUUUCGAACAACUUACGACCCGGAUCGGACAUCUGCGGAUGAGAAGAUGUGGUCCAACACCAGCUUUGACUAUCUUCGUCGCUUACGCUCCAACAUCAAGCUACGAAGAAGAAGAAGUCGAAGCUUUCUAUAUGGACCUGGAGAAGUUCUACAGAGAAGAUCAUGCCUUCUACAAGGUCAUAAUUGGCGAUUUCAACGCCGAAGUUGGCCCAAAAAGAACGCCUGAGGAACUUCACAUCGGGACCCACAGCCUACAAUGGAAUGACCAGAGGGAGAGGCUCUCCGAGUUCAUCAUGACGACUAAGACCAUCCAUGGGAACUCACAAUUCCAGAAGCCCUCCUCUCUACGCUGGACUUGGGAGUCACCCGGUGGAGGGUACCGUAAUGAAAAAGACCACAUCAUCGUCAAUAAAAGGUUCUCCCUGAAGGACGUCGCUGUUGUACCAAAGUUCUAUACGGGAUCGGACCAUCGCCUCCUCCGAGGAAGAUUUUCCUUCGCAAGGAGAGCAGAGAAAGUCGCCAAGUUCAGAGAGAGAAAUCCCAGGACUAUCAUCUCUUCGCUACGCUAG